AUGGGUACCCUUGUUUUCAUUGGUUUUUCCUUAUUUCUUCAAAAUUAUUGUGUGUUUGCCGUUACAUGGCCAACCCCAAGACAAACAUUUACAUUGGAGGAACCAAAACCUGUGGAUAAAUAUCUUGAUUGUAAUUAUGACCGUUAUGUACCCAAUAUUAAAAAUGGAAAGUGGGGAAGUGGAGAAUUCCAAAAGCCAGUGUUUGAUCUAGCUAGUGGUGCUACAAUAAAAAGAUGUAUUUAUUCUGGUGUUGAUGGAAUUCAUUGUAAUGGACCUUGUGAAGUAGAAGAUUGUUGGAAUGAGGAUAUUGGAGACGAUUCCAUCUCUCUUUUUGGGACUGAUUCGAGUGCAAAUUAUUAUAUUAAUGGGGGAGGUGCAAAGAAUGGAAAUGGAAAAGCUAUACAAUUUGAUGGUGCUGGAACGUUACAUGUCAACAAUUUUUAUAUAGGUAAUAAUUAUUUGGGUAUACGUUCUUGUGGUAACUGCUUGCAGCAAUACAGUCGUACUAUGUAUAUAAAUAAGUUAACUGUAGAAAACCUCGCGGCUGGACAAUUUAUUGUUGGAGUAAAUAACAACACAAAAUUUAGUGAUAAAGCUUAUCUCAAAGAUAUUCAUAUUCUUGGAUCAUCAGCAGAUCAAGUUUACCCCUGUAAAGUUUUUGAUGGAAAUAAUUAUGGAGGAAAUCCUAAAGUUUUAACACCGGAAAAGACUAAAGGAGAUGGAAAAUAUUGUAUUUUUGCUGAAACUGACAUUCAUAUUAAUUCAUGA